GAAGACGCUGACAAAAUGCAGAGUUUUCUGACCACCUUAAGCAACAAUGGAAGCGUGUUUGGGACAAGGUUCUCUCCCUCUAAAUGCGAAAUGCUAUUUCAGGGUUGGCUUGCGUCAUUGCAUGAGCUAUUGAUAAGGUGUGAAGUAGUUGGACGCGUCGACUGCUCCACUUAUCUUGAGAGUCUCAUCAGUGCUGAUGGUUUGGUGUUUGACGUAAUUUCAGCACAGAUUCAGAAGACUAGACUGGCUUUUGCUAAAUUGAGUCACUUGUGGUGUAGGCAACAUAUCCGUCUGCCAAACAAGUGAUGAAUUUGCUGCGCAGCAGUUCUCUCCGUUCUAUGUUAUGGAUGUGGAACAUGACCACUGAGAAGAGAAUAUUCGUAGGUCACUGGUAUCCAGUCAUGAGUAUCUCUGAAGCAUCGUCCGUGUAUUUUGAGACCACAGAGUAAACAGUGCUUGGGUUAGGAAUAAAGCCCAAGGUAAGAAUGGCAAGUUUACUGAAGAGGUAGCAAAUCUUCAUCAACUGAGGUGUUUAAGAUAUGUUCUACGUAUUUCCAACCACCGCCUUACUUGGCGGGAGAUUUUGUGUGGUGUAGGAGUUGGCUGAAAGGAAGCUAGGGUGGAAAAACCAAAACAUAUAAUCAAUCCAUGAUGUCCGUGACAAUUGGACUUGGUCAUGUUAAUAGAUGUAAGCUACCUGGUUGGGGUCAGUGUGAUUAUCGUGACCGAUAGUUAUAGGCUUUGGGUGACAUGGUUCAAAAUCGUUUGUAAUGGAGCAGGUUAAUUCGUCCUUUGUCUUUCUCCAAACUCCGAGAUUCUAAAUUCCUCAUAAUAUUUAUUUAUUUUUAUUUCGCUAAUUUAUAUUUAUUUCUGGAGUCAUAUCUUUCAUGCCUCUACUAUUCUGAGAUUCGAUCUGACAAUUUCAUUUCUUUGUGCUAAUGUGGUAUGGCAACUUUAACUGAUGUACGUACGUACCGGUUUCUAUGUUGUGAUGAUUGCUCUCAAAUAGGAGAUAUCUUCCUCGUUUUCUCACUUGGCCCUCAGCAUUCCAGUGGGAGAAGUUAUAUUUUGAGUAGAAUUAUUUAUUAGAUUCGUCAAAGAAUAUUGAUCAGAUAUGCAGUUAUAUGUGUUUAAGUAAAUUUGCAGUAGUUUUGGAAAUAAGGUUGUAAAAUGGUGUACUAAGACAAACGAAAUAACCAAAGAGCGUUCUUAGCAGUAAUAAAACCAAAGACGACACAAUAUGAAGAGAUUAGGUGGAGACUGAAUUCAAAGUUCACUUGUACUAGUAGGCUGCUUUUGUGCAGUUGAAUAUCCCCAAUGAUGGUACAAGAAAUUGACUUAUUAUUUGUAUUUUUAAAAUGUUAGGAUGAAGAAUAAUUUCACUCACUUAUGUUUUAUGUGUAAACCAUACUUGACUGUAGCAGCAGACGGUUGUAUUCGAGUUUAUGAUUCGCCCUAACUGAGCGCUUAAAUGAGUUGCCGAGAAUUAUUCCAGUUGCUGUCCUACUAUAUUUUUAUGCUUAUAUUUGCACUUUAUUCAAUGAGGUUAGGAUAGUACUCUCGUUAUCCUAUCUUUAUAUAUUUCUUAGCUGUGGAAUGAAUUAAUGGAUGUAACCUUAUUUGUUUUCUUGUUUUAUGCAUUCGGUCAUUUUUUCAAGGGAAGCAAAGCAUUAUCGUUUUUGCUUUUUAUAAAUCCUAUACUUGCAUUCGUCUCUAAGGGAAAGCCCUCCUAGGGCUGUAGCGCUCUUAAUGACAUGGUUUAAUGCCAAUUUUAAAAGGAUGUAAUCAAUGGUUCUCAAGUUACAAUGACUGAUCGGUAUGGUUUAUCAUUUCCAGAUGCAGAGUUUCUGAUACCGCUGAAAGCCCUAUGUUCUAAAUAUGGAGUGGAAUAUAUACAAACAAAUGAACCAAUGGUUGAAAAAAGUGAUGUCGUGUUCGCCUGCGUUAAACCGCACAUAUUACUACCGGCUCUAAAAUGUCUGUCCGAUCGUUUAAAUGAUAAAAUUUUGGUUUCUAUUGCUGCAGGGAUUACACUAGACCAAAUACAGCAGGUUGUGCCGAAAUCUACAAGAAUUAUCCGUAUGAUGCCUAAUACACCGUGUUUGGUCGGUGUUGGUACUGCAGUGUAUGCACAUACAUCUUCUGUUACUGAACAAGAUAUUAAUUUGAUUUCUGCAUUGUGUUCAUCAAUCUUUCCUGUAUUUGAAGCUAUCCCGGAAUCUUUAUUUAAUGCAGCUGUUGGAGUGUCAGGAUCAUCUCCUGCUUAUAUUUAUAUGAUUACUGAAGCAAUUACAGAUGCUGGUGUUCUAUUAGGUUUACCACGCCCAAUCGCACAGAAACUAAUUGUCAAUACUAUAUUAGGCUCAGCUCUAAUGAUGCAAAAAACAGGCAAAAAUACAACUGAAUUAAAAAAUGAUGUUUGCUCACCUGGCGGGACAACAAUUCAAGGUGUUUAUGCUUUGGAGAAAGGUAAUCUACGAGCUACACUUAUGGAUGCAGUACAGAAAGUUUGUACACGUGGAGAAGAAUUAAGCAAAAAAUCCUAAUGUUUCAUGCACUAUUUACCAUAGUUAUGUUACUCUAGAAAGUGUGUGUAAUAUUUCUUAUACAUAUUAUUCCAAACAUCAUACUCAAUAAGAAUAUGUUUGUUGUAUUGAGAAAUGUGUAUCUAGAAAAUUUUUCACUAGUGAUUUAUUCUGGUGUUCAAGAUUUUUCUAAGAGAAUCUUACUCAACAUCAAAAUGGGCUUGAUUGAGCGCUUAUUGCAACUGAUAGAGGACUCUUCUAACAUUCUUGUUCACUCUUUUCCGUAUGAUUCUGUAAAUUAUAAUACAGUGUAUAUUCAUUUGGUAAUCCUAUAGAUAGGCUACUUCAAUCAUUAAUGUUAUAACUCCGGUUUUUAACUAAGCAAUAUUUUUGUUAUCAAUAUUAUUGUGAAUGUUUUCUUCUUUGUCGAAUCAACUACUUGAACGUAAAUUUUGAUAUUAAAAUUUAGAAAACAAAAGUGACUUCAUAUUAUUCUGUUCGAAUUGUUGCUCAGUGCUUUACUAAUUAUUAUCUGUUGUUGAGUUAGGUUGUAGUGGAGAUUUCGG